AUGGCGCCAGCCACGGCACCAAAAGAAGUCUCCGAACCUUUCCCCAUCUCCUGCAUCGCAGGACGACACCUUCUCUUCGACGUCGACACCAUCUCGCACGUUCGUCGCAACCACAACAUCUGCGGUGUGCUUGUCGGCACCAUCCCAAACCUGUCGCAGCAGAAUGUUUUUUUGGGUAUCCCGCUCCAACUCAUGCCUGAAGAGGCACGAGUGCUUGUGGAGGGAGGACAUGCGUACAUCGUUGACGAUGUUGAAACACAUCGUCAGGGUUUCCAGGAAAUGAGCAGGGCAGACAGGAUGAAGUACCUUGCGGAUAUGGACCGCCAGGGUGUGGAGGCUGCGAACGAAAGUCUGGCAGCACAGGAGAGGAAGAAGGACGUAGCAUUGAAGAAGAAGGGGUUGAGGAGAGACGCGGAAACUGAGACGGUUCCUAGUGUCGCGGAUAGUAUUGCGACAGUUGAGAGCACUGCACCCAGCGUAGCGGACAGCACAGCGUCUAACGCGACGGUGCACGUUGAGCUCCCCAGCCCUACUGGCUCUGGUCUCGGCUUUAUCAUGAAGGGAUCGGGGUUCCUCGAACAUGCGUCGCCGUUCAAUGCAUCGUCAGGAGCGUCCGCACCUUUGGCGUCUUCGGUGUCCUCGAGCACUGUCGCCUCUGAUCUCGGAUCUUCCUUUGUUGAUCUUGGUUCCAUCAUGAAAGGAUCCUCUUUUUUUGGUCCGUCCUCAGCGACAGUAAAGUCGGGUGCGUCAGAAGAAGCUACUGAGUCGGGCAACGACGCCACGGCAUCGUCUCCGCAGACCUUCGACGGCGAUUCUUCUCUCUCUGAUCUGGGCUCGAUCAUGAAAGGCUCGUCUUUCCUAGACUCUGUCCCGGUGGAAAUGAAGGUUGAGAGGGUUGAACUAGAAGAAGCUACACCGUUGUUGGUCAAAGAAGAGGAUGCUACUCCAGAGGAAAUCAAGGCGGAGGAAGCCCAGCUCGAGGAGGCUAUGCUGAACGAAUUUGAGGCUCAAGCAGUCGAAGAUCCACAGGAGGUUGCCCCAGUCACCACCGAGGCGAAACCUGAACUAGCGGCGGAUCCGGAGGAGGUCGAUCCAUCUACCACCGAAACCUCGAUCUUUGACCCGGAACCAGCCACAUCUACCCCUACUGUCAAGAGCACUACGUCCAAGAGCGUAUUCUCUCAACGCCAGUACAUCACCCCGACCACAUCUACACCUCCGCUACCAACCCCAGCGAAAGACGAGUCUCGUGCGCUUCCAGUAGUCCCUAAGAGCUACCCGCUCUUCCGUUUCCUGCACUCCCGCGGCUACUUCUUCAUGCCCGGGCUGCGCUUCGGAUGCAACUACUCUGUGUACCCUGGCGAUCCUCUGCGCUACCACAGUCACUUCCUCGCCACUGGCUUGGGCUGGGACGAGAAGUUCGAUCUUCUGGACAUCGUAGGUGGAGGUCGUCUGGGUACCGGCACGAAGAAGGCAUACAUGGUGGGUGGAGAGGAUCCCAAGGCGCCGAAGGAGGACGGAAAGGAUCCUGUUCGCGCGUUCUCGGUAGAAUGGGCGUCGAUGUGA